AUGCCUGAAAUUGGCGAAGUCGCCCGGACAGUACACUACAUCCGCAAACUUCUCGUCGGCAAAACCAUAGCCAAAGUCGUAGCCACGGACGACAACAAUGUCUACGGCAAGGCAGGCACCUCGGCCGCCGAGUUCCAGAAACACAUGACGGGCAAGAAAGUGGUUGAUGCCGGUCAACAAGGCAAAUACUUCUGGAUGAUCAUGUCCAGUCCGCCUCACCCAGUCAUGCACUUCGGCAUGUCUGGAUGGCUGAAAUUCAAGUCCGAACACACUUACUACUACCGGCCGAAAGAAGGCGAAGAAGACGAACCGUGGCCGCCCAAGUUCAUGAAAUUCCUGCUCGAGACCAAACCGGAGAACGGCGAAGAAGUCAUCGAGGCUGCGUUCGUCGACAUGAGACGCUUCGCAAGGAUCAGACUAGUCGACUGCCCAGGCGCGGAGAUCAGAAACGUGUCGCCGCUGAAAGAAAACGGACCGGACCCCGUCGUCGACAAAGACAUAGUCACCGUGGAAUGGCUGAAGGAGAAGUGUCGGGCCAAAAGGGUCCCCAUCAAGGCCAUGUUGCUGGAUCAAGCGAAUAUCAGCGGCAUCGGAAACUGGGUCGGCGACGAGAUCAUGUACAAUGCCAAAAUACACCCUGAACAGUACGCCAAUACGUUGACGGACGAACAGAUUGCCCAGCUACACAAGUCGAUUCAUUAUGUUUGUGGCACCGCUGUCGAGCUGUUGGCGGAUUCCGAAAAGUUCCCCGAGGACUGGCUGUUCAAGCAUAGGUGGGGCAAGGGCAAGAAGAACAGUUCUAACGUCCUCCCUACCGGGGAGAAGAUUGCGUUUCUUACUGUCGGAGGACGGACCAGUGCUGUUGUGCCGUCCGUGCAGAAAAAGACGGGGCCGGUGGCCAAAGAGAUGAGCGAAGCUGAAGUGCUCGAUGGCGAGGAUGUACAGCCAAAGAAGCAGAAAAGCAAGAAGAGAAAAGCUGCUGCUGUAGAAGACGAAAGCGAGGAAGAAGAAGUCAUGCCCAAGAAGACUACCGCCAGGGCUAAGAAGGCCCCGAAGACCGACGAACAGAAAACAAAGGUUAAGCCGGAACCGGAGGUAGAAACGAAACCGAACGGGGUGAGGAAAGUUGCGAAGAAAGGCAAAAAGGAACAGGCUAUGUCACCUGUCACGGAGAAGAAGUCUGCUGGUCGCGGUAAGGUUGUAGCACCUGCAGCAAUGACAAAUGAUACUAGUACCGGCAGACGGCGAUCAGGUCGCUUGGGAAAGUCUUAG